UCGCUGUGUCUAUUUAUCUCCCUUCGCUUACGCGCGUUAUACUCUAUCCUCCUCCUGCAGUGUUGUAGUUUUCAAAGCUGAAAUGGAAGCUAAUUUCUUCGACUCCGACGUCCCUAGUCCCUGGGGCGACAACGACUUCGUCGUUGUCUAUAGGGGCGGCGACGACAUGCCCUGGUGCGACAACGACUUCGUCAUUAGCUGUGAGAGAGCGGUUGCUGAGGCUAAAGAAGGUUCCUCCGAUGAUUUUUUGCAAGAAUGUAUCCUGCGUUUAUUAUGGGCUCUUGUUCACUCUAGACGACUUAAAGAUCUACACCGUGGGAUAGCAAUUCUUGAAGCUUCUUUGGCCCGUACCAACAGCUCUCUGCCAAAAAGAGACCGGCUUUAUCUUCUCGCUGUUGGGUAUUUCAGAACUGUUGACUUCAUGAUGAGUCGGUACUUCGUGGAUGAAUGUUUAAUGAUUGCACCCGAUUGGAGACAGGCGCAGGCCCUUAAGAAAGAAGUUGAAGAUCGGAUCAAAUAUCUUCAAAGUUACACUGGCAUAGGCACUGUUGCAGCUGGCAUUGCUGCAGCUGCAUGGCAUUGUUGUAGCUGGUGUCGCUGUUGUCGCAGUGGUUGCUGGUUGGAUUGCUGCAGCACUGACCAGGAAGAAGUGAUCAAUUUUAUUUGAGUUCACCUCGUUGCUAUAAGUUUAUAUGAACAUGUUUAAUCCUCCAAUCCUGCUACCUGGCUAUCAUGUUUUAUUUAUAAGUUGAAAAAUUGAAAAGGUCUUUAUUAAAAAAUUUUACCAGAGAGAUGUAGAAACUGCACAAGUCUUUACCUUACUUGGUUUGUUAUACAAUAUGUUGAUGUACAUGGAAGAUGUAAUGUUAUGGGUAAGCCGGUUUAAUUUGUUCA